CAAUUUUUCCUUUUCAGACACCUCCCAGAAAUCCCAGGAAACAAACAGAAAAUCGAAGUCUGAGAAAGAAAAUUCAUUGAUUCCACAAUGGAUGAAGAAAGUCGACGGCCAUGUCCUUCGCCGUCACCGAAUGUUUGUUGUUCUUCUUCUUCCUCCUUUCUCAAAGACAUAUCAAAUUUCAAAACCCCAAAACAGUCCUCCAAGAACCCUAGUUUCCACUCUCCUUUCCCCCAAUUUUUCACCGCUUCCAAGCAAACUCCUCGCUCUUCGGCUUCUGCGUUCCGGCACCGCCCGUCACUGGCUCCAUCCUCGUCAAAGUCGAAGGCGGCGCGGAGGCUCAAGGCAUUCGAGAUGGAGCAGUCUCAAUCGUCUCGGAAGGCGCAGAUUAAGAAAGAAAAGUCGCUGAAGUCUCUGGCGAAAUCGCUCACUGUUUGGCUCAAUUUUUUGUUUGAGAACCCCGAAUCCUGCGGUUGUGAUGUUUCGCGAUUGGACGGAGUGGAUCAGUCGCGUUCGGUGUUGGCCAACGGGAAGAGGGAUAGCUGGCCAGGUGGCGGGGUCGGGAUUAAUGGGGCGUGGCGGAGCCCGAAGCGCCAGAGGGAUUCUAUGUGGCAAGGUGAUGGUGGUGGUGAUUCGGAUGCGGGGAUGUUUCCGAGUUUGAUGUUCUCUUCCUUGCAGCUCUCUUUGAAGGAAGUUUGUAGUUUUGAUGAUUUGAAGCAGCGAAUGAGGGUUUAUUUGAGCUUGGGAACUUGCAAGGAGAUUUUUAAAGUGAUGACUCAAGUGGCGAAGAAUAUUGAUGAAGGAAGACUAAAAAUGAAGGCACAUUGCCCCAUUGUAACAGAUGUUGGAAUGAAAGAGAAGGCCAUAAAGAUUCUCAUGUGUUAUAACCCAAUAUGGCUCCGAAUUGGCUUAUACAUUAUUUUUGGAGGUGAUUCCUUGUUGCCUAAUGAAGACGUCAAUUCUGAUGAAGAAAUCACAUUAUUGAAAAUGAUUAUUGAGAAGCAGUUCUUCUCGCAUGUCGGUCUAGCAAAAGCUUAUGCUUAUAACAAAUUGGUUGAGGGCCUAUAUCGACCAGGUUACUUUGAAACUAUGGGGAAUGUAAUAUUGAAGAGAUUUUUGUUGCUUGUUCUUAUUCUUGAUAGAGCUAAGUCUCAGAGCUGUCUUCCUAUUAAAUAUGGUAUUGAUGGGGUGGAUGGGGGUUCUCCACUAUUGUUUUCUCAACGGUCAAACAUUAAAUCAAGUCGUCAAAUAAUCCAUGAUUUCUUAUCAUCGGAUAUUAUGCAUGGAGAGGGUAAUCUUCUUGCACAUCUAGUGAUUGUGGGGUACAAAGUAUCCUAUGAACAGUGUUGCCUCACUGAGUAUGACUUCAGAGUAACAGAUUUGUUUGACGACCUUCAAGAUGGGGUGCGGCUCUGUAGAACCAUUCAACUCUUGCUGCACGAUUCCUCUAUUCUCGUGAAAAUGGUAGUUCCAUCUGAUACCCAUAAGAAGAAUUUGGCAAAUUGUGGCAUUGCGCUGCAAUAUCUUAAGCAGGCUGGUGUGUCAUUAUAUGAUGAUGAUGGAAUGGUGAUUGUAGGAGAAGAUGUUGCUAAUGGAGAUAAGGAACUUACACUUUCAUUGUUAUGGAAUAUUUUUGUUCACUUGCAGUUACCACUUCUAAUCAACAAAACGUUGUUAUUUGAGGAAAUUUCCAAAAUCCGUGGUGCUGACGUGGACAUUUCUAAAAAUGAUAUUUCCUCUCCUUUGGAAAUGCUUUUGAAAUGGAUCCAGGUGGUUUGUGAAAGUUACGAUCUCAAGAUUGAAAAUUUUGCUUCCUUGGUUGAUGGAAAAGCCAUGUGGUGUUUGCUUGAUUAUUACUUCAGGAAGGAACUUCAUUGUUCCCGUUCUUACAAUGAUCCUAAUGAAAGAAAUGGUGAAAAAUCAAUUAUAUCAGCUACUGAUUGCACAGAUGCAGUACACAACUUUAUCUUAUCACAGAAGCUGACAACAUUAUUGGGAAAUUUUCCAGAGGUUCUACAAACCAGUGACAUCCUUGAACAUAAUGGAGCCUGCAAUGAUAGGUCUGUGGUAAUUUUGUUGGUGUUCCUCUCAUCCCAGUUGGUUGUCAAAAGAAAUACAGAUCAGCUGAAUUUUCAUAAACUCCUGGGAUGUACUUGUCAAAUUCCAGAGGGAAAACGCUCUAGUAUGGGGCGCUUGUUUAUGAGUUACAAAGCAGUACAGAACCAAGAAGAAACAGAUACUGUGCAGAAAUUUAAGGCCAUUCAGUCUUGGUGGCAAAAUAUGGUUGAACAAAAUCACAAAUGUAAUGUUAAACCAGUUGCUUCUACUUCAGAGUGCUUCUCUGCCGACAAAUGCUGCACUGACAUUCAAAGAGGAAAUGCUGCAAAGCUUAUACAGUGUUGUUUCAGACGGUCAAUUGAACAUCGCAAGUACCUCAAGAUAAAACGAGCAGUUUCUUUUCUGCAAACUGUUAUUCGAGCUUGGCUAACAGUGAAACAGAAAUCAGUCGUAUACAAAUUCAGUCCCAUCAUAGUUCAGAAGUAUUCAUCUGGAAGAUUGAAACAGUUGGAAACAUUUGGAAGAUAUAUCAUUUUCAUGGUUGACAGGCAUGGUUUUGUCAAAUUAAAAAGUUCUACAUUACUCAUUCAGAAGGCAGUUAGGAGAUGGAUCUCUCGCAAACAUCAGGGUAGAAAUAUGUCAACUCAGGAUCCAUCGUCUCCAGAUCCUGUCAAAGCUGCUAGUUUUGAUAGGAGAUGUACUUAUGAAUGGACUUCCAGGCGUAAAUACACUUGCACGCUUUCUCAGAUAGAGAAAAGAUCAUUUAUUUUUCAAGAAAAGGAAAUGAAUGAUCUUCGGAUAGAAGCAGCUGUUAAAAUUCAGCUUGCUUGGAGGAAUUUUUCUGUCUGCAACUCUCACCGCAAUGAGUACACUGCUGCAACUCAAAUUCAGUGUUGUUUCCGUGGUUGGCUGUUGAGAAGGAGUUUUGUACAGAAAAAGCGAGCAGUGAUAAACAUUCAAAGUCAUUUCCGUGGUUGGUUGUUGAGAAAGAGUUUUGUAAAGAAGAAGCAAACAGUAAGAAAAAUUCAAGGUGCUUUCCGUGGUUGGUUGCUGAGAAAUUUGGUAAAGAAGCAGCAAGCAGCAAUAAAACUUCAAAGUGCUUUCCGUGGCUGGUCAUUGAGAAGGAGUUUUGUGAAGAAGCAACAAGCAGCAAUAAAAAUUCAAAGUGAUUUUCGGGGUUUAAAAUGUCAGAGGAAUUUUCAGAUUUACAAAAUUGCCACCAAGUCAGCCAUCAUCAUGCAGUCUCGUUUUCGUGGAUGGAUAGCUCGCAGAGCAGUUUGCAGACUUAGACAUCAAAUUGUUGUAAUCCAAAGUCAUUGCCGUGGUUGGUUGACAAGGAGGGACCUUUUGCUCCAAAGAAAAGCUGUGAUAAAGAUUCAAAAUGCUUUUCAAUGUGUAAAAUGCUGGAAAGCAUUUCAAUGCUACAGGUAUGCUGCUAUUGAUAUUCAACGGUUUGUGAGAGGGCACAUUACACGAAAUAGACUCCUAGGGACUUCUAGCCUUCGUUCAGCCUCACCUAAUGGUUGCACUUUACAGGCCUCAAGAGGUUGCUUCCCGAGUUUUCAAUUAAAAAUGCUACUGUCUUCAGUUUUGAAACUGCAAAGAUGGUGGAGAGGUGUUUUGUUGCUUAAAUCAAGAACAAAAUCAGCAAUUAUUAUUCAGUCUCAUAUUCGUGGGUGGAUCGCAAGGCGAGAAGCCACUAGAGAGAGGCAUCGGGUUGUUGUGAUACAAUCCUACUGGAAAGGUUAUCUUGCACGGAAAGAGUCAAGGGGGCAGCUAGUGGAUUUGCGUUUGAGACUGCAAAAAUCUGCUACAAGUGUAGAUGAUGGCAUGCGUAUUAUAAAUAGACUUCUAGCAGCACUUUCUGACCUCCUGAGCAUGAAAAGUGUCAGUGGCAUUCUGCAUACGUGUGCAACUUUGGAUAUGGCCACGGCACAUUCACAGAUAUGUUGCGAGAAACUUGUGGCUGCAGGGGCAAUUAACACUCUACUGAAGCUGAUCCGCUCAGUUAGCCGUAGCAUACCUGAUCAGGAGGUUUUAAAACAUGCACUCUCUACUCUCAGAAACCUUUCCCGCUAUCCGCAUUUGGCUGAAGUGCUGAUUGAUACUCGUGGAUCUGUAGAAACAAUUCUCUGGGAGUUCCUAAGGAACAAGGAAGAGGGAUAUUUCCUUGCAUCUGAGCUUCUGAAGAAGAUAUGUUCAAAUCAGAAAGGUGUUGAAGCUUUAAGAAACUUGCCUGCUCUUUUGAAGAGGCUACACAACCUCACUGAGGAUCUUAGCAGGAAGGCAAACAAUGAGAAGAGGAAUAUCCGGGGUCAAGCUGGAAGAGAAAACACAGAGAGGAGAUUGAAAGAGGCCAUGGAACUCCUGAAGCUGACCAAAAAUGGCUAAGAAGAGCUCAGCAUUGAAGGGUAACUCUCUCUAACCUCCCCUCUUUGAAUGAAAAUGUUCCACGAUUCUAGUUGGAACUGGGUCUUUGUACAUUUCAGUUCUACCAUUGAAAUGAAAUCAACCUCUGAACACAAUGUGAAAGUUGUGUGGUUUUAUGGUGUGUAGGCUACAAGUGAUCUGUGUGUGCAUGAAUGUGUACUGGUUGAUUUGGAGUUGAUACAAAUUGUUACUCCCAUAUGUCUACUGGGUAAUGAAUGUAUGCAUUUCUGGUAGAAAUCAUAUUCUAUUCCCUCAUCAAUUUUUA